GUAACAAUAGUAGUAAUAAUAAUCCCGUGCACAUAACCCAUCAUAACCACUCGGAUGACUGAUCAUGACCCUUCCAGCGCAGCAGGUGCUUUUGCUGGUCCGGGUCGAUGACGAUGGAAUCCGUUUCGCUGCCUCACUUUGGGGCGCACACACCGUGUUUGUCCGUCCACUGCGACUCGUCCGAUCGAUGUGUCUAACCCGUUGCAACCAGGUCCAUUCGGGCCUCUGUUGAACAGUCAGCGUGUCACCCUCCCCUUGACCUUUCCCAGUAGGUCUAGUUCUGAC